GUGUUGUUUUGGGUGUGAGAGAGGGGUGUCAUUGAUACUGUAGAGUUACUUGAGUUAAAUUAAGUAUCUAAUGACGAUUUACCAGAUUUAACUCUAGUCUCGAUUUCAACCAUGGAUUUCGAUAAUUUGGAGAUUAAAGCCAAGGAGGAUGCCAAAAAGAGAGUCCAGCAGCUGUUGCAAAGAGUUGAUCAGCUUGAAAAGGUUGACCAAUACAAAAGAAGGGUGGAAAGGAAAAAAGCAUCGGUUGAAUCUAUGCUAAAAACGGCGAUGCAGAGCCAACUGGACGGUGUUCGUGUCGGACUGAACCAGCUCCAAGUUUCGUUGAAAGAUGUGCAAGAGAUAAAAGAAAAUCUGAAAUCGCUUGAAGACUUUUUCGGUGUUGUGCCUGAGCUGAGCAAUAAAUUACAGGAAGUUCGUGAAGAAAACAUGCGACACUCUCAGUAUGUGACAGCAAUGGAAAACUUGAAGCACAUUUUCACUGUUCCUGAGAGUGUCGAGAGGACGAAGCAGUGGAUCAAUGAAGGAAAACUUCUCCACGCUCACCAAAGCCUCGCUGACUUGGAGAAUUCUCGAGACGAUCUGCUAUUUGAGCUGCACAAGCUUCCAAACCAAGACCCGCUUGAUACGAGAAUGCUGAAGGAGUACUUUGACGAGGUCAACAACCUGUCCAUAUAUUUUUCAAAGCAAAUCAAGUUGAUCAUCGGCCGGACGUUGAACACUGUGAGAAAAGAGCCAACUGUGAUAGUCACUGCUUUGAGAAUCAUCGAACGAGAGGAGAAAGCAGACGCGGAAGCGCAAGAGAGGUUUGGGAGAAGUGGCUUCAUGCCGCCAGGUAGACCUAAAAAUUGGAAGAAGAUGGCAAUGGACGUGCUGGACGACGGGGUUGCUCAAAGAGUCGAAGGCACCCAGACAAAUGACCGAUCAGAGGAUAAAAUGUGGCUUGUGAAGCAUUUUGAGCUCAACCGCAUGUUGAUUUCUGAAGAUUUGCAAGUUGUCAAGGACCUGUGUGUGCCGUGCUUCCCACCGCACUACAACAUACUAAACGUCUUCGUGGAAAUGUACCACAAUGCCUUGUCUCGACACCUGAUGAACAUUUCAAGAAAUGGACUGGUUGGAAACGAGUACAUAACUUUCCUAAAUUGGGUCUUGCAUACUUACAACGGGCCAGAGCUGAUGAUGAAUCCAGAACUGAACAUAAACACGUCAUCAUUGAAACCAUUGCUGACAAGCGAGGAGGUUACCGACCUUGAAAAUCAGUACCUCAAGAUUCUGGAGGCCAAUUUCAUUGAAUGGAUGAAUAGGACCUUGGAGACAGAGAAACAGGAGUGGCAAAAGAUUUCUCCACCAGAGACCAAUGACGAUCAAUAUUUUAUAACUCAUGCGCCUCUAAUUAUCUCGAGUAUGGUUACGGAAAACUUGAAAUUGGCUCACUCAACAAGUCAACAGUUGACAUUCAAGGCUGUUCAGCUGAGCAUCAUGCAAGUGACUCGGUUUGGAAAUAUCUACAGAGAUGCAAUUAUCCUCUUCAAGACCAGCCACUUUGAAGACAGAAAACAGAACCCGUACUUCACCAACCACAUGAUUAAAAUCGUCAACAACUGCCUGGCGUUCGAGGAAAUGGCAAACCAAAUUAAACUGGAGCACUGGAAGCCUGGAAUCCACGACAUGAUGGCUGCUCAAAGCUUCGAAACCCUCAGGAUCACGUUCCAAAAUUUGCGUCGUGAGUCGGCGCGGUAUUUGCUGGAAGAAGCGUUUCUCGACUUGGAGCCGCACUUCCAAGAGUGUGUCACGGCGAAAUGGAUAGGCAACAGCUCAGCCGUGGAGACGAUUCGCGUCACGUUGGAGGACUACAUCAGCGAUUACAGGCAUCUGAAGCCUGAAAAUUUCGAAAUCGCUAUAACUGAGUGCAUGAACACCGUGGCCAAAAAGUACAUCACAAGCAUGCUGCUGAAGAAGAUGACGUUCAAGACGAGUGAUGAUCGCAAAGAGGGGGCGAACCAAAUCAAGAACGAGGCGGAAAUAUUGCAAAAGUUUUUCAUGAGAACCGCUCCAGAAAUCGCCAGCGAAAACGAAUGUAUUGAAGCCAUCAAGCAGCUGGCGGAUGUGCUGGAAAAUGAGGACUCUGAAAUGCUCUCGCUAGACCUUCAUGCGCUUGUGGAAAAAUAUCCUGAUGUAACAGAGGAACAUUUGAUUCAGCUGUUGUUGCUGAGAGGUGAUGUUUCCAAGUCUGAAGCCAGAGAAAUGGCAACUUUUGCGCUUUCCAGCCGCAAAGAAAAAGAUGGCAAGCAUUCCAAAACAAUUUUCUCCCUGGUCAAAGGAAUUCAAGUUAGUUACUUUUUGUGAUGGACAUUGUUUCAUUAUAAUAUAU